CCAUGUCGAUGCUCCCGACUUUUGGCUUCACCCAAGAGCAAGUGGCCUGUGUCUGCGAGGUGCUCCAGCAAGGCGGCAACAUCGAGCGACUGGGGCGGUUCCUCUGGUCCCUCCCUGCCUGCGAGCACCUCCACAAGAACGAGAGUGUCCUGAAGGCCAAGGCGGUGGUGGCCUUCCACCGCGGCAACUUCCGCGAGCUCUACAAGAUUCUGGAGAGCCACCAGUUCUCGGCGCACAACCACCCCAAGCUGCAGCAGCUCUGGCUGAAGGCGCACUACAUCGAGGCGGAGAAGCUGCGGGGGCGACCCCUAGGGGCGGUGGGCAAGUACCGGGUGCGCCGCAAGUUCCCUCUGCCCCGCUCCAUCUGGGACGGCGAGGAGACCAGCUACUGCUUCAAGGAGAAGAGCCGCAGCGUUCUCCGCGAGUGGUAUGCCCACAACCCCUAUCCUUCCCCACGAGAGAAGCGGGAGCUGGCUGAGGCCACCGGCCUCACCACUACGCAGGUCAGCAACUGGUUCAAGAACCGCCGGCAGCGGGACCGCGCCGCCGAGGCCAAGGAAAGAGAAAACAACGAGAAUUCGAACUCCAACAGCCACAACCCGCUCUCGGCGUCAAUGAACGGCAAUAAGACAGUUUUGGGGAGCUCAGAGGAUGAGAAGACGCCGUCAGGGACCCCGGAUCACACUUCCUCCAGCCCUGCGCUGCUCCUCAGCUCCAACCCAGGGCUGCAACCCCUGCACAGCCUGGGACACCCCCAGGGUCCCAGCGCCAUCCCCGUGCCUAGUGCCGACGCCAUGCACCACCACAGCUUGCAGGACUCCAUCCUCAACCCCAUGUCAUCUAACCUGGUCGAUCUGGGUUCUUAAAAACAUGUACCUGCUCCUUCCCAGCCCUCCUUUACUCUAUUUCCCCUCUUUUUAAAAAGUUUUUUGUUUGCUUGGGGUUUUGUUUUUGUUUUGUUUCUCCUUAAUCGAGACUUUGAAAGCAAUGGCAAACUCUUUAGUGGAUGUGUUGUGCUCUUUGUCAGAAGGCUGGCUGCAGGUUUGGAAAGUGUCGGAAGUUGGCUGUAGGCAAUGAUGUUGUGAAAAGCCUUAACGGUUGCUCAUAGGUGGUUUCAGGCGUAUAAGGAUUGGUGGACAGGAGCUGUGAUUGUCACAGCAGGCCAUAAGAUGGUUUGGUGCAGCAGCUCUCUCUAGCCAUAACUUCUCAAAUCUUUCGGUGGCGCCAUCGAUCGGGCCGGUCUGUGUGGGAAGAGGCACAUUGUAACCUUUUAUUUUUUCGGCGGGUGGGGAGGAAAGGGGAGCUCAAGGCUGCUGUUUUCCAUGCCUGUUUGGAAGUUACACAUCGCUCCCGUUAUUCUAUUGUAGUCAUGUAUCCGUGGCAGGUGUACGAUGUACAAUUUCAAUUAAGAAUACAAAAGAUGUAGUCAAAUUAUAGCAGCAACGCGCUCUAGGCAGACUCUGUAACCUUCUUGUAGCCAAUGCUAUGCAGAAAGACAGCUUCUUUGGCCUUGUCCCAUGCGGUGCUUUCGCCAUUUGCUGGGUGGGAAAGGAAGUAAUGGCCUGGCUCCGGCCCCAGAGGAAGGCAGGAGCAGAUUCUCCCCUAACUGCGCAGCAAGGGCAGGAGGGGACUUGGGGGGGCGGGGGGGGGUGAGGAAUCAAAAAGAAAUUGCUGCUCAAGUUUAGACCUAAACGACAGUAUCAACUGCAAGUCACUCAGUUUUGUCAGUUGUUUAUACUAUGUGAAUACAUUCUUUGGAAGAUAUUUCUGCUUUUAUUUUAUAAUAAAAAUUAGAAAUCUAA